UUAGUCUUCUAUAGUCAGUAAAGUGUGUGUGGCGUCUAAAGGAUUUUAUUAUUUUGAUAAAUAUAAAUUAAGUAUUUUUAAUUAUUUGGAGGCAUGUUCAGUCCAAAAAACUAUGAAUACGAUUGCACACGCAAGUGUAGAUUGCGAGAGCAUGGAAAUGUUAUAACCAAUGCCUUAACUAAGCGGUCUAUGGACGACGAAAAAUUGGCAGCCUAUGUGGCCAAAACAUGUUGCAAUUUUGCAGACAUUGUUGAUGAUUUGGGGCGUUCCGCUGUUCACUUGUCUGCCUCAGUGGAUCGUUAUGAUAUAUUAGAAUGGCUGCUUAAUCACGGUGCCAUUAUCAGUAGCCGGGACUUCGAAUCGGGUAGUACACCUCUGCACCGGGCCAUAUUUUAUGGUUGUAUUGAUUGUGCCGUCUUGCUGUUGCGUUAUGGGGCGAGCAUUGACAUUUUGGAUGAGGACACACGAUCUCCGUUGCAACAAGUUUGCCGUAUGUGCGAUUUCCCAAAACAAUUUAAAGCUUCCCCCAAUAAUGAACUGUUGGUAUGGGGCUCCAAUAAAAACUACAAUUUAGGCGUUAACAAUGAUCAGGGCACAGAUCAUGUUCCACAAAUGCUGGAUUACUUUAGAAAAGAACAAAUCUCCAUACAAUCGGUGGCACUGGGAGCCUAUCACAGUUUAUUUUUGGACAAAAAAUCACAUUUAUAUUCUGUGGGCCAUGGCAAAGGUGGUCGUCUGGGUAUUGGCAAUGAAAAUACCCUAAGCACCCCGAAGAGGGUGAAAAUUACACUUAAAAAUGCUGGAGAAGAAAUUAUAUGCAUAAGUGUUUCUCGCAAACAUUCACUGGUCUUGACCAAUCAUUCAUUGGUGUUUACGUGUGGUCUUAAUGAAGAUCAUCAGUUGGGUGUGCGAGAUGCGGGUGGUAAAUUGUUGAAUUUCAAAGAAGUUGUAUCACUAAGAGAUCAAGGAGCCGAUGGCCUACAAAAGGUCAUAGCAAGGGACUAUCAUUCAUUGGCCUAUUCGGAGAAAUGCAUUUAUGUUUGGGGUACUAAUUUGGGACAAAUGGGAUUUGAUGCCAAUACCAAAACGGUGCCAGUACCAAAAAUGAUGAAAUUACCUGCCAAAACGUCCAUACAAUUUGUUGAAGCCAACAAUGCUGCCACAGUGGUUGUGACCAAGGAUAAUAAUAUUAUACUUUUCCACAAUUACAAAAUGAAAGUUAUUAAAGCGCCAAACUAUGAGUCCUUGAAAAGUGUGGCUGUUAUUGAGGGCAAUAGCGCAAAGUCGGAAAAAGGCAGUGCCAGUGCCCUUAAGUUAUUGGUGUUGACCCAAACCAAUGUGGUGUUCUUAUGGUAUCAAUUGACACAAAACUUUUAUAGAUGUUCCUUUUCACAAAUCCGCCUAACACAAAUUGACAAAAUAUUCUACAAAGGCAAUCAAGUUUUAAUUUUAUCCCAAGGGGAUGUAUACAAGGGCAAAUGCCAACAAGUUCCACUGCCACAAUAUUACAAUGCUGCCGAGGGAUCUGGCCAAUCAAAAGAUCUAGGCAACAUAUGGUCACGCAGUGAUUAUCGUUCCUCAGAAAUGGCCAAAGAUUUUAUGAUACGCAUCGAUUUACAACAUAUCAUACAAAUAGAUCGUGCUGUUGAUAUCUUUUGUGAUGAUGAUUUCGCCUCCUUUGCCUGCCUGCAAGAAUCGUCGAUGAAAUAUUUUAAAGCGCCCACAUUGAAUCCAGAAGAAUAUACUUUCAAGAAACUUUAUCAUGAUGUCUCCGAAUACGAUGCCAUUCAUGAUAUAUUAUUUCAUGUGGAUGGUGAAAAGUUUCCAGCCCACAAGUUUCUAAUUCAUGCCCGAGCGCCGGGUCUAAAGGAAUUGAUUUCCUCGUAUGAAGAUAAGGAUAUUUAUUUGAAUAUGCAAUUGCUGACAUCGAAAAUGUUUGAAAUAAUUUUGAAAUUUAUCUAUUCAAAUUAUUUGCCAAAUGAGCAGGACUUGGAAGAUAUUCAAAGCAGUUUGCACACCGAUGCUCCCUCGGAAUUGGAUGAAGUUUGUGAAAUCUUUUUGAAUUUUGUGGAACAAUUUCAUAUCACAAAUUUGGCCAACUAUUUGAAACAUUACUUGCAACAACGCCCCUUCUAUCUGCCACACAUUGUGGACAAGUCCAAAUAUCGUUUUAAUCGCCUGCGCCUAACCGACUACCCCAAUCUCUAUGACAUACGCAUUAUAUGUGAAAAUAAUGUUGAACUACCAGCCCAUAAAUGUGUUUUGGUGGCACGUUUGGAAUAUUUUGAAAUGAUGUUCACACACACCUGGGCUGAACAGAGCACAAUUAAUUUAACCACCGUACCCUAUGAAUAUAUGCUGGCCAUUAUCGAGUUCCUCUACAGUCAAGAUGUGGAACAUUUUCGCAAACAACAAUAUCGUGAAACGUUCCUCUACAAUAUGAUUGUAUUUUGUGAUCAGUUCUUUAUUGAACGGCUCCGUAAGGUGUGUGAGAUUCUAUUGUUGGACAAAAUUUCCAUACGGAAAUGUGGUGACAUGUUGGAAUUUGCGGCGAUGUAUAAUUGUGAGUUCUUGAAGAAAGGCUGUUUGGAUUUUAUAUGCCAAAAUUUGGCACGAGUUUUGCUGCAAAAGAGUCUAUACAAUUGUGAGCCGGAGGCUAUUAAGUGCAUAAAUGCCCAUUACCGAGAUACGUUUAAGAAUGUAUUUGAUUAUCGCAUGAUUACCCCCAGUUCGGAGGCUGUGGGUGAUGAGUGCCUAAUGAGUUUUGUGGAAGAUUUUCAAGUGGACCUAAGUUAUCGCAUGGAUGAAGAUGAGCAAUCGGAAUAUCGUGCCAUGAAUAAAUCCAAGGCGAAGGAACAUAAGACCAAGCAAACAACGACCAGACAAUAUGAAAGAGAGGCCAUAACCUCAAUGAUGGAGACAUUGAAUAUGUCCGAAAGUAGGGAAAAAGAAAAGACCAAUGAGAAAUCGGCAGCAAUAAAAGAUGCUGAAAAUGUGGCAAAUAAGUUGCAAAUGGAGGCGAAAUCAUGGAUGAAAGUUGUGGAUAAAAAGGAACAAAAGAAAAAGACAAACCCCAUCGUUGAGGCUGCCAUCAAAUCUAAUGAAAUAAUGAAACAAGAAAUUAAUGCAUCCACAAGCAAUUGUAACACUGCAUUUACUAGCCUUAAUAAAUCCGUAGAAUUAGCAACAACAACAACAAAGGAUAUUUCGCCUGAAAAAGACUUAACCUCAAAGGUAUCAUAUAAUAUAAAUCUUGCCGAAUUGACUACACCGCCCAGAGAAAAGUUAUCACAAAAGCAACGCAAACGCUUGUCAUCGGAAAAUUCAAAUUUAACAUCCUGGCGGGCACCCAUUGCUGUUAGUGAAACGAAAGCAAUGCCAGUGCCACAAAAUGCUUGGGGUAAUGUGCCAAUGGCUCAAUCACCAGGCGGUCUAAAUGACAUUGAUUUCGAUGUCCCCACCGGAAGUUCAUAUGACCCUACCUCUUUUGCCAAUAUGAUGAGAAGUAAUAGCAAAACAGCCACAUCGCCCCCUGCAACAGCGGCACCAAAUAGUUUUACACAAAUUUUAGCCGAAGAAAAGCGGCAAAAAGAAUACUACGAUCGUGUACGCAACAAAUCGUUGGCUUUAACACAAAUCGAAGAACAAGCUAUUGCCGAACUUAAAGAAUUUUAUAAUGUUGAAAAUGUGGUUGAUGAAAUUAUAACCAUUGAGAGGAAACCGCAGCCAACCACUAUUAAUUUUGCCAUAUGGCAAAGAAAUUGAAGCACACAAAUGAGAGGAAGAAAGGUAAUUACUUUGUUGUUGUUGAUGGGGUCCUAGACCAUUAUACAUUAGCUGGAAUGUAUUGAGACUUUUUUUGGAGGCAUUAUAUCAAACAAACCCAUAUUCUAAGAUUGAUAUUUAGUACUAACGGCGUUUUUUUAUUAUUGAUAAUUUUAAACAUAAGUUAACAAACAAAACAGAAUAUUUCAACAAAAAAAAAACAUUAUGUAUAUACAUAUAAGAGGUU